AUGAGUCGAGGAACGCAACCGGGGAGGCUGAAAAACGACUCGGGAGGCCUGCAUUUUAUCAUCUCCGAUCCCUCGAACAAAGGGAAUAGCAAGUCACAGUCAUCUCGUGUGGUUCGAUCUCACGUUGGAAAAUGGACGUGGGAAAACGCUCGAAAGGGCACUCGUCGGAAGGAACAUCGGUCAGCUCCCAAGCCCCCAGCCGAGGAUGUGGCGGGUGGUGAUGCCAAUCUCUGGCUGGACUGGAGUGAUACUCCAGACAGCGCACUCGCCUACUCGACAGAACCCUCAUCUUCACCGGUGAGUAUGGAUCAAUGGCUGGACGACUUCUUGGUGGGAUCAUCCGAAUCAUCAAGUCCGCCCUCGCUGCUGUCCCCCAGUUCUUCGAUAGACAUGGACAUUCUCGACCCAUUUCAAUCCCGUGUCUCUUCCCCUAUAUCGUCUGAUCUUGUCAGUAGCACGAACAAGUACUCACUAUCGGUCGUAUGGCCGGGUCUCAUGCCCAGUUCGCGUACAGGGGCCACUCACGCCGGUGUUCAGGGUUGGUUCACAAGUUCAACCGUCCAUCCAGCUCUCCACAGCGCAAUGCUAUACGGCUCAUACUCGCAUCGACGAACGCGAUGGGUCAUGAAACGCCAGGGCCACUUCAACUAUGAAGACAUGCGGGAGAUGGCCGUCUGUGAAGCAAACCUAAUAUCGCAGAUGAAAUCUAUCCUCCAAGAUCCGGUCCAGGCGGCUUCGGACGCCGUGAUUCUCAGUGUCCUGUGCCUCGCGACGAAUUUGUAUAACGGCCCAUCGACGGACGACGAGGCUUGUUCGUCGCCCUUCUAUGCUCCGCUGCGCAGUUUGCAGUGGCUAGAUAUAUACGGGCGUCUCUCUCCUCAUCCGGUCCAUCAAGCCGGGCUGCUUCAGCUCAUUAACUUGAGGGGUGGGCUGGAGAAAAUCGAGCUUCCCGGUCUUGCUGCCAUAAUAUCGUUCUCUAGCAUCCUGGGUGCAAGCAAGUCCCUCUCGCGGCCCCCGCUUCCCUUCAUCUCACUCCGAACUGAACGCCAGGCGACAUUGCCGCACACGAUCGAGAAGAUCUUUCCAUCCGUCCCAUCAAUCGAUCGAGACCCUCUGCUAGACAUCCACAUAACCACCGAGAUGCACGAUGUCUUUCGCGGGAUGCGUGCGUACAUCUCGCUGAUAGAAGCCUACCAAGACGGUGUCGACGGCGGGGCAGAUAAUCUCACGCUCUGCGACACGCGGAACCUCGUGCAGUGGCAUGUCAUGGCUCUCGCGCCAGCAAACGAACUCGGUCCCCUCCUCACUCAGUUUUGUCCCGUGUACGAGGCGUGUCGCCUUGCCCUUGUUAUCUUUGGUGUUGGGGUUACGUUCCCGCUUCCGCCCGGCGUGGCGUUGUUUGCUCAACUUGCAAGCGCGAUGCGGGUUGGGAUGGAGGGUCGCACGGCGGAUAGGGCAACGCAGAGUGUGUCUUCGAUGCAGGCCUGUUGCUGGUGUCUGGUGCUGGGUGGGAUCGUGGCAGAGUCGGAGGAGGAGAGACGGUGGUUCGUACAGGAGCUUAAACGGACGCUGGCUGCUUUGGAUGUGUCGACAUGGGCGCAGCUCAAACGGGUGUUGCGAUCGUUUUUGUGGUUGGAUAGUGCGUGUGAUAUGGCGGGCAGACAGCUAUGGGGGGAGAUAGAAAGGAGCGAUUAGGUUGGUAUUGGCGAGGGAUUAAAAGACGUUGAGAACACAUGGCGGCGAUGGAGAUAUGGCUGCACCGGCUAUCAAUACAGAUUAUGAUAAGGAUGGUUGCGUCUGUUGUCGAAGCGAGGUGAGAUUCUUAUGGCGGGUGACGAGCGGCCCUUCGCACCUUCCCUGACAAUCUCAAGCCAUUAGUGUCAAGUCAAUGUCCAACGUAGACAACAGUCCAUAAUGCUUUCUAGUGUGUGU